AUGGCAGACAAAGAAACAGAAACCCAGGCCCCAGCCCAAACGGCUGAGGAUGAUGAGGUAGCAAACCUAGAGCAAGAGGUCACAGAGGGAAACUGGACUCGCCCGGAGGUCGAAGUGCACGAAGUCAAAGUGGAAACGGGAGAAGAAAGCGAAGACACUUUUUGGAAGUGCCGUUCAAAGCUGUACAGGUGGGCUGCUGGAGGCGAGUGGAAAGAGCGGGGCCUGGGCGAGGCGAAGCUGCUGCAGCACAAGGAAACUAAAAAGAUCCGAUUUCUUCUGCGCCAGGAGAAGACCCUUAAGAUUGUUGCCAACCACUACGGUGAGAAGCUCCAGCUGCUGCUGCUGCUGCUGCAGCUGCUGCUACAGCUGCAGCUGCUGUCGCAGCUGCUGCUGCUGCUACAGCUGCAGCUGCUGCUGCAGCUGUUGCUGCAUCUGCUGUUGCUGCUGCUGUUGCUGCUGCAGCUGCUUGCUGCUUUUGCUGCCGCUCUCUUUGCCUUCUUUCUGUCUACUUUCGCGUUUCCUGCAUCUGUGGAGCUAUCCAUGGUGGCGACUGACGUUUACUGCAAGCUGACACCCAACGUCAGCUCCGAAAAGAUAUGGGUCUGGACGGUGAUGGAUUUCGCUGAGGGGGAGUUGAAAAAUGAGCAAUUUGCUCUAAAGUUUGGUCAAGUUGAACAGGCGAAGGAGUUUAAGGAGAAGUUUGAGGAAGCUGCCGCCAUUAAUUCGAAGCUGUUCGGCAUUGGCGAUUCGGCGAAGGAGGGAGAGAAAACAGAAGAAAAAGAAGCCGAAAAAAGCAGCGAAAGCAAAGAUGAGGAGACAAAGAAGGAAACCGAAGCGGCUGCAGCUAAGACAGAGGCAGCAGCAGAAGUGGCGAAAGACAAGGCUGAAUCAAAGACAGAGAAUGCGUGA